AUGCCUGAGAAAAUCAACUCCAAGAACCUCUCUUACAGCUCCACUCUGCCGCCGUUUCUGGCCCGUCUUCACGCACAGGCAGGAGGAGCUACUGGUCCUGAUCCGUUACUAGCGGCACAAAAGCGGUCUGCAAAGAAACGGUCCAGCAGCGAAGAAGCAGAGGAUGCGCCGUUGGUUGUCGAUGAGGACGGGAACACGGUGAAUCUCCAGGUCGACAAAGAUGGGACAGUUACAGACACCCAGGUCCAGCCUGACCAAGAUGUCUCUAGUGAUUCAAAACCGGAUGAGACGGCAGGUAAAAAGGAUGCAGACCCCAAGGCAUCCAUUGGGCAUCGAAAGCGUAAAGUUGGCAAGGUGGUUGGUGAGAGUGCCAAUGAUGCUUCAGACAAGGAUGAGACGGAUAAGAAGAAGAUACACUCUCAAAAACAGGAAACACCGGCUGACAAAAAGGUAAAGAAGAAGGCGAAGAAGAUUAAACUGAGCUUCGACGAGGAUGAGGGUUGA